GAAUUCUCACACUCGGACAAUGUAAAGGAGUAUGGAUGUUCCUAAAAAUAGCUAGCCUAGGGUUACCACAGAGCAAAGAAGUCCCACUCCUGGGUAGAAUCCUCAAAAAAUGGAGAAUAUGAUUCUACUUUGAGAAGAAUGUGACUCACCAAUUUAUUCAGAAUGGCCAAAAGGCAAAAAUGUCCCCAAUGCCCAUUAAGGGACAGAUGAUGGAAAAACAUGCAAAAAGAGGCAUAUUAUUCAGCCAAUAAAAGGAAUAAAGUCCUCUGCAUACUACACGAACCUUAACAAUAGUGAACUCAUUAAGAGAAGGAAGAAACCAAUGGCCACACACUGACUCUGUGAACACAAAAUGCUCAGAAUAGGCAAAUCCACAGAGACAUAAGAACAGAUCCAUGGUGGGCAGAGGGUCUAAUAGAAGAGUCUACUUACUAGGCACAAGGUUUUGUUUGAGGGUGAUAAAAGCAUUUGGGAUUGGGCAGUUUGGGUAGCAUCCACUGAAUAGUACAAAUGCAACUUUUAUGCUAUAAAAAGCAGCUAGGGACAGCAGAGAUUUCUUUCAGAUACUUUAGUGGAUAAGAAGCCUUGGAGGUAUAGGCCCUCUCAAUGGCAGCUCAAGGUCAUGACUGUGGGCCACACAGCUCUGAGGCUGCAGAGCCAGGACAGCAGUGGGCCCUUUGUGAAGUCUUCUCACUAGUAGGCAGGUCUCUGGGAAUCCAAACCCACAGAUGUCGUGUGUAUUUGUUCAAAAAUCAAACCCAGAAGCACCUUCAAGGCAUGGUUCUCUCUCCCCAAGGCCAGGCUUUGGCUCUUCAAGGCCAGGACUUCUCCCCUCAAGGGCACACUAUGGCCCUUCAAAGUCAGGUUCUCUCCCUCAACUGCAGGGCAUUGACCCCUUCAGUGAACCACCUGGGUGUGGCUUUCAGCCUAUGCCACCAAACUUCUCAUUGGCAAAAAACUCAAGUGUCUGGUAACCCCUGCCCGCCCCUUCCUGCCCCUGUCACUACUUUUGCAACAAUUCCCUCUGCGCUCACAUACCAAUCAUGACUGCUGAGGAUUACAUGUUUGUGUCCCCUGACCAUCCAUCCACACGUUAAACCCUGAUCCCCAAGAUUGCAUCACAAUAUGAGAAUUCUGGAAGACAUUAGAUCAUAAAGGUGGAACUGCCCAGUGAGUUUAACAUCCUUAGACAGAGAGCUUGUUCCACCACCUGAGGAAUAUGGAGCAGUUCUCCCCUGGUGGGAGAUCAGCAAGCAUCUUAAUCUUGGACUUCAAGAGCGCACAGCUGUGAGAAUAAAUGCCAGGUGUUCUAGAAGCCUAGUCUCUAGUAAUCUGUCCCAGCGGUCCCAGCUGCCUUAGACUAUGAUUGACAGCAACUAGAAAGGGCAGACUGUCAUCACAGCACUCUAAUCUUAGAAAGGGGUGUCAUUCAUGCUCUUCCGAUUUGGCCUGUGUCCCAGUGGUAGUUGAAGAUAUUUCUUGUGUUUAAAAAUAAAUGGACAGAAUAUCAUCCGUUAUGGGCACAUUCAUUAAGACAAAUCAAUAGUCCAUUUGAUAAAUGACAUUGAAGAGUGACUAGUGAAAGGAAUGUAGUCACUCAGACUAUUCAUGCAAUAACUAUUAUUUUUGAGAUGGAUACGAAAUGAAGAAUACCAACAGUAGCUCAGAGCUGAGCAUGAUGGCAUACUUUUUUAUCCCCAGCACUUAGGAUGCUGGGAAGGAAGGAUCCAGGAGUCCAAGGGUAGUCUAGUCUACCUAGUCCAGGUUAACUAGGGCUACAUAAUAAGACCCUGUCUCAAGGAGCUGGAGAUGGGAGCAACUCAAUACAUCUUAGUGAUUAAGACGUUCUCAGUUGUCUCGUUCUGGGUUCAAACCCCACCCUUUGCACUUCAUUGGGAAGUUGCUUUUAAUUUCAGACACUACCAUUGCAAAAUAAGGGUCACAGCAGCACAUGCUUCAUAAAGCCAAUGUAGGAUUAGUAAAACAGAACACACAAAGCAUUGCCCUAAGACCUGCAACCAUAAAGCUACGAUGUUCAGUGGGAUGUAAGGACUCUGCCAGGAGAACACAAUCACACCUUGGAGUUCCCGAUGCACCACUGUUCACGGACCUGAGCUGCAGAAUGUGUUGGGAGAAACACGAGGCAGGUUAGGACAGCUCCACUCCAAGCCCUGUCCAUGCACUUCCCAGAUUAGCAAGGCCUCCGAGGUCACGUGAGUGAACAGCAGUGAACCUCCCCUUCCUGAUUUUCAACAACGUGAGGACACAUCUGUCAAAGGCAAGGUCUGAACGUGGUGUGGAUGCACCAGCUGCCAUGGAGACUCGAGAGCGGAAAGUCACAGUCAGGACAUGAUUUGGCAGCUUGACUCGACUGAAAUUGAGACACAUACAUCCUAUUGUAUAGAGAUGUGUGACAUCUUCCUGAUCUGGAAGCUGAGUACUUGGCUCCUUGGUUCUUGAAAAACAUUCUGGAACACAUGAACAGGAGUCCUUGCCAUCUCACUGUGUGACUCCCCAGAGUUGGGUGCUAGAGUGGAAGCCACCUCCCCCAUUGACUAGAGAGAGGCGAAGUGACAGAAACCAGGAGAUGGUGGGAAAAGCGAUUGUUCCAGGUGCCUCCCGAUGACAAGAGUCAGCACCACGCAGUUACAACAACCAGCCCUCGGAAGCAGCAGCGACCCCACUGCAGAGCAACAGCCCACCCUACGUACGCUGCAGGACCCGUCAGCCUUGCUGUGGGUCUGAAGACAGACAGGGAGUGUCUGGUUCUUGUGACUGGGUAAAGGGACAGAGCAUUUGGCCCAAGAGGCUUUGAGACCUCUUGGAGACCAAGUCCAGAAGCAUAUCCUGGGACAAUGGCGGUGGCCCUGCUGGAGGAGUGGUGUAAGAUCAUGGGUGUAGACGUCCAGAAGUCACUGCUGGUGGUUGACAUUCCGGUGGACUGUGGUGAACCUGAGAUCCAGACAGUCCUCCAGGAGGCUCUGAAGUGUGUCGGCAGCUACCGGCUACUAGGCAAGAUAUUCCAGAAGCAGGACAACACCAGUGUUGUCUUAGUGGAACUUAUGGAGGACACAGAUAUGUCUGUGGUCCCCAGUGAGGUACAGGGCAAGGGAGGUGUCUGGAAAGUGAUCUUCAAGACCCCUAAUCAGGACACUGAGUUUCUCCAAAGACUGAACCUCUUUCUAGAAAAAGAAGGGCAGACGGUCGCAGGGAUGUUCCGAGCCCUUAAGCAUGAGGGAGUGUCUCCAGCCACCCCACCCUGCACGUCCCCUGAGUUAUUGGCCCAUUUGACGGGGCAGGCAAUGGUUCACGGCCAGAGGCCUCUGUUGCCUGUGAAGUACUGUAAGAUGAGAAUAUUCUCUGGGAGCACAGCAGCUGCCCCAGAGGAGGAGCCCUUUGAGGUCUGGUUGGAACAGGCCACUGAGAUAGCCAAGGAAUGGCCCAUCCCUGAAGCAGAAAAGAAAAGGUGGGUGGCAGAGAGCCUCCGUGGCCCUGCCCUGGACCUCAUGCACAUAGUACAGGCAGACAACCCUUCCAUCAGUGUGGGGGAAUGUCUGGAGGCCUUUAAGCAGGUGUUUGGGAGCACGGAGAGCCGUAGAACCUCACAGGUAAAAUACCUAAGAACCUAUCAGCAAGAAGGGGAGAAAAUCUCAGCCUACGUGCUCCGGCUGGAAACUCUGCUCCGGAGAGCUGUGGAAAAAAGGGCCAUCCCCCGGAACAUUGCUGACCAGGUACGCCUGGAGCAGGUCAUGGCUGGUGCCAACCUCGGCAACGUUCUGUGGUGCAGGCUACAGGAGCUGAAAGAUCAGGGCCCACUCCCCACCUUUUUGCAGCUGAUGAAGGUGAUACGUGAGGAAGAAGAAGAAGAAGACGCCUACUUUGAACAAGAGAGCAGGGAGGAGCCGGGGGAAAGGGAGGGCUCUGGCUGCUGGAACAAUUCAAGAAACAACUGAGAGAUAUCCCCACUCCGUCCCUGAUCUGGUGGGCGAUGCUUGACAAGAGACGAUGCUUGACAAGGCUAACCCCAUUACAGUGGAUUCUUCUUAAGUGCAGGACUGAAGCUAAACAUUAGGACUGAAGGUUUUUGUCUUUUCUUUCUUUUCUUUUGUUUUGAUAGGGUCUCACCUUAUAGCCCAAGUUGGCCUUGAACUGACAUUCUUCCUGCCUCAACCUCCCAAAUUGAGAGUUCUGGGAUUAGAGGAACAUCCCACCACUAGUUCCCCAUCUCGGUUUUUCUUUCUGAGAAAAAAAAAAAAUACAAGACUAAGUUCCAAUACCUAAAACUUCUGAACUUUAGUUUCCUUUAAGUACACCAGGGUUGGCCAGACAGCUCGGUUGAUCAAGUUACUUACCAUUCUCUUCAGAGGGAGCAAUAAUGUGAACAGGAGAUAGGAAUUGGCCAGGCAGGGGCUGGAGGGAUGCUCAGCCAUUAAGCACAUUUGCUAUUCUUUUGGAGGAGUUCAGAUCGCAGCACCCAUGUAGUGGUUCACAAUUCUCUAUAACGGGGAUCCAACACCUUCUUCUGGUCUCUUUGGGUACUUUGCAUAUGUGGUACACAUGCAUACAUGCAGACCAUACACAUAAAAUAAAAACAAAUAAAUCUUUAAGAAGAAAAGAACCUGGCUAGGCAGUUUCCAGGCAUUCCAAAAGUGUCCCUGGUCUUCUGGUGCAUGAACCUCACAAGGAGCUCUGAUUUCCCAUUGUCCCCUUCCUGAAGGUUACACUUGAGGGUGGGACCUUCAGUCAGACACUAAUCCAUUUGUGGAUAGUGUUAGAAUUAGGUCCAUAGAUUUUUCAUGAUAAAAUGGCUUAUAUCUGUUCCCCAGUUUUAGCCUAAUCUCCUAUAUGAUUUUAGGGGUAGCUCAUCAGAGGGGGAAAUUUACAGUAGCCUUGAUCAGGACUUUUCUGAGUCUCAUUAAGAGAAAACCAUUGCCUUCUGGUCAGAAAAAUGGAAUCUACCUCUUGCCUAGGCCGAGACCUACCAUUGCAAGCUAACCAAAACAUAAGCGUUAAUCAAGUCGGGCAGGUCCAUCACCAGGCUAAUGGACUGCCCAUUAGGAAGGCAGAUUCACCUAACUCUAUGCUAAUGAGAUGGAAGGAAUAAUUAUCCCUUUAAUGAAGUAAUGUCCUUUUCCUUCCCAGAGUCCCUGCUAUCUGUACAGUCACUACAGAACUACCAUGAAAAGUAAUUUUCACUUUUUCUUUUUCUUUUUGCUGGCCCAGGCCUAAGCGCACAUUCUUUAGUACUUUGAGCUGUUUCACUCUCUCCAUGUGGCUGCAUGCUAACCCUCUACCCACUCAAAAGAAAGCGUGGCUUUCUCUCUUCUUUUUCUCUAUAUCCCUCUUCCAGGUAUGUUUGAUCCCCAUAAGCCAUAGGGUAGAAGGAGAGAACCAAUUCCUGCAAGCUGUCAUUUUACACACACACACAUGUACAAAUAAUGUAAUUUUUAAAACCACAACAAGUAGACCAAUGUUUACUCAUACCUUUGAAAAAUGGACUGACCUUAUUUAAAAAAAAAAUUAUACAAAACACAUAUAUCCUACUUAAUGUGUGCAACAACCUACUCUUUAUAGGGUGUGUGUGUGUGUGCGCUUGCAUGCAUGUAUGUGUGUGUGGAGGAGGGGUGGGGCUUGUGGUACACUUCAUAAAGGGAAAGAUGCAAAGGUCAACUAAGUUAAAUGGCCUCAGCACCAAAAUGCUCAGAAGUGAAACCAGAGCAGAGGCCCAGAACAAGACUUUAGGGAUCCACCCUCUGUGCGUCGCUCAAAUGUGUUUUCUUAGUUCUGUAGAGGACUGAUUUUAAGCACUAGUGUUUUAAACUCCUUACAUCUCAGACACCCAGCAGGUAGUAUCAAGUGUGCUAAUGACCAAGUCUCAGUAUCUCCGUGUUCACCAAGCUUGCUUUUGUUUCCAAACUGACCCAGGACUGCAGAACAAAGCUCCCUGCUGGCAAUGGUGAGCCUAUUCCAAAAGCCCUGUAAUUGUGCACAGACUUGAAAAGCCAUAGCGCCUUGUGAGUAUGUGUGCCAGGUCAAGAGUACUAGGGCACCAUAAACAAACACUGCUUAGUUGCCUGCCAGGCAGAGCUCGGGCACAGUUAGUGUGCAGCCUGUGGUAGAUCCCUGUGUGGUUAGCAAGCUGCUUGGUUUCUCUGAACAUCCGUUUCCUUAUCUAAAAAUGGGCUGCCAUUAGGAUCAAGUGGCACAAUGCUUUUUAAGGGCUUGGAGUAACGUUUGGAACUUAGAAGCCCCUCCAUAUACUGAGGAUCUUUGUAUUUUUGUGAUAGUUGUCAGCUCAAUGCAUGUUCUCUUGAUUGUUUCCAUUGUAUGGAAACAAGUCACAAAGUAACAGACUUACAUUCCAGUCGGGAUGCUCCUGCAGUGAGGAAGAACUUUGGCUUGGAAGUAAGUGUGCACUAGCUGGCCGUCCACAUUUGUGGUAAGUAUUCCAGAAGUAGUUGGUGACUGUUAAUCGACUUGACUUUGGAAUGAUGACCUGUUCUUCCGGGUUGUGGGUUAGUUUAACUGAAGAAUAAGAAGUUCUAAGAAAGGUGGUUUGUUUGUUUAUUUAAGUCAUCAUCUGUGAUGGUUUAUCUUUCGGAAAUAUAUUUCUCAACACUGUCCAGCCACAGUGAUGUCAGUGAUGGGAUUGUCCUUGACCACUCUAGCCUGACUCCACGUGGCAUUAUGUUCCUGGGAAUAGCUUUGCCGUUGUACUUACCAACAGAAUACAGAGUUAAAUGUUACCACUGCGAAGUUACCAAAUAAAUCUGAGCUAGUGAAAUCGUGA